AUGAGGGCUGUGCUGGUGGCCCUCCUGGCUUUGGCCUCGGGGCCCGGGGCCCGGGCAGCUUGGCUGGGGAGGCUGGACCCUACGCAGCUCCUGGGGCCCUGGUACGUCGUCGCCGUGGCCUCUGGGGAGAGGGGCUUCGCGGUGGAGAAGGCCACCAAGAACAUCGAGGGGGUCGUGGUGACGCUCACCCCCGAAAACAACCUGAAGGUGCAGUCGUCCCGGCACAGGCUGGAGCGGUGCCACCUGGAUGUCGUGGAGCUGCUGCGGCAGAACUCUGCCUGGGUGUUCCAGAACCCCGCGCUGGGCGUGCUGGAGUACCGGGUGCUGGGCACCAACUUCAGGGACUUCGCCAUCGUGUUCACGCAGCUGGAGCAGCGGGACGAGGCCUUCAGCACCGUGGAGCUGUACAGCCGGUCGCAGCGGGCCAGCCCGGAGGCCGUGAGCCGCUUCGCCAAGUGGAGCCAGGGCCUGGGCUUCCUGUCGCAGCAGCAGGCCCAGCUGCAGGCCGACGCCUCCUGUGCGCACAAGGUCUUCCAGGGACCCUCAGUGACGCUGCUGUCCUGGGCGGCCUCGCUGCUGGGUGAGGCACCUCCUGGACAUGGGCUUUGGGAACGAGAGGCCCAGGGGCGUGACCUCGGGAACAGGAUGGCCCCCGUCUUCAGGGCCUCCCAGGCAGGCCGCUCCCCCGUCCCCACCGCCCCGACCCCGGGUGGCUGA